AAUAAAAUUAACUAAACCAAGUAUGGUUAGUUAACUACAAACAUGUUUGUUUUGGAGAAAAAUUGACCACCAAUUAAUACAUAGAUAAAUACUAAUAUUGAUAGGAAAAAAAAAAAAAGGGAAAGAAAAUAGAAUAAUAGUAAGAGGCAACAGAAAUUGGGUAGAUCCUAAAAAAUUUAAAGGCUGGCCUUGGAUAUCUCCCCAUGGGAAGAGGUUGUGGAAGGGAGGAGGGGGUAGAAUUUAAGCCAACCCUUUCAAUUCCCUCCAACCUUCUUUUGUUUGAAAGCCAAUCUUUUCCAUAUCCUUCCUCCAAGCUCGCAUGCAAAGUCAGUUAAUUAAACUUCCGCAAAUUAAAAGAGAGAGACUCUCCACAUUUAAGGGACUUCCUAGCUUCCCAUGCCUUCUCCACCAAGGUGUAGUUGAGUGUAUAUGCUAAUUGUGCCCCACAUUGGUGGUUUAGAGUCUUGAAGGCCAAUGCCAACGGGCGUGCGCGUGGCGGGGCUUAUGCGCGCACCGGCCCCAACUAUCAGCGCCGCUUCUUCCCUCUUCCUCUUUCUCUACCUCUUCCUCUACCUCUCGUCCUCGUCGUUAGUGCUCGUCUUGUCUGCCCCAUCCGACACCGAAACUCUGCUUGAAUUCAAGCGCUCUUUGACCUCGGCCAGGGCUCUUAGAGAUUGGAACCCCAAGGUCCCUCCUUGCAACAACAACAAGCCCAAUUGGGCGGGCGUGCUGUGUUUGAAUGGCCAUGUUAGAGGGCUGCGGCUUGAGAAUAUGGGGCUUAAGGGGGAGGUUAAUGUGGAUCCCUUGGUUUAUCUGUCUCGUAUGCGCACCCUGAGCUUCAUGAACAAUACCUUGGUUGGGCCUUGGCCUUCUGUUAUUGGCAAACUACGCAAUCUACGCUCCGUUUAUCUUUCCUAUAACCAUUUUUCUGGUGCAAUCCCGGACGAUGCCUUCACGGGUAUGAAAUUUUUGAAGAAAGUGUUUUUGACCAAUAAUGAAUUCAACGGCCAAAUUCCCUCAUCUCUCGCUUCCCUGUCUAGGCUUAUGGAAUUGAGACUUGAUGGAAACAAAUUCAGAGGCCAAGUCCCCCGUCUUGAAAUGCCUUCUUUGAAGAAACUUAAUGUUUCCAACAAUGAAUUGGAAGGCCCAAUUCCUCGUAGCUUAAGCCACAUGGAUCCUUCCUCCUUUGCAGGUAACCGUGAUCUGUGUGGGGAUCCAUUUCCAGAAUGCGAGAGAGCCCUAAUUUCAUCAGCAGGGCUACUCAAAAUCGCAGUGAUAGUCAUAAUUUUGGGGGUAACAUUAGCAGUAAUAGCUGCAAUUUUCAUCAUAAUGAAUUUAAGGAGGCAGCCCGCCUUGCAAUUAGGGAAGGGGAAUCCCGGCGUUAUAGAAGAGGAUCAGAACAAAUACAUGAGUUCUAAGCCAACCACGGCGGUGGUUGGCGAUGGAUACAGAUCGACGGAGUCGUCCGUAGCGCAGGCUAAAAGAGGCGCAGAACAUGGGAAGCUAUUAUUUGUGAGAGACGACAGGGAGAAAUUCGACUUACAAGACCUCCUCAGAGCAUCCGCCGAAAUCCUGGGCAGUGGCUCAUUCGGCUCUUCCUACAAAGCAACAAUACUCUGUAACGCCGUGGUUGUUAAGCGAUACAAGCAUAUGAACAACGUAGGGAGAGAAGAGUUUCAUGAACACAUGAGACGCCUCGGCCGGUUGACGCAUCCAAAUCUACUCCCCUUGGUUGCUUAUUACUACAGAAAAGAAGAGAAGCUCUUGAUUUCGGAUUUUGUAGAUGAAGGGAGUUUGGCGAGCCAUCUGCACGGCAACCACAACCUGGAGGAGCCAGGGAUUGAUUGGGCUACAAGAUUGAAGAUAAUCAGAGGAAUAGCAAGAGGAAUGUCGUACCUCUACACAUCGCUGCCAAGCAUAGUAGCACCACACGGACAUCUGAAAUCAUCAAAUGUGCUGCUAGACGAGUCGUUAGAGCCUCUGCUUACGGAUUACGGGCUAAUCCCUGUGGCUAAUGUAGAGCAUGGACAGACAUUAAUGAUGGCUUACAAAUCACCCGAAUACGCUCAUCUCGGCCGUAUAAGCAAGAAAACUGACGUAUGGAGCUUCGGAAUUCUGAUACUGGAAAUGCUAACAGGUAGGUUCCCAGAGAACUACCUGACACGAAAUCACGACACGAAAUCAGACCUAGCCACUUGGGUAAACAACAUGAUCAAGGAAAAGAAAACGUCGCUAGUGUUCGAUGCAGAGCUAGGGCGAGCUAGGGAGAGCAACAAAGGCGAGCUGCUGAAGAUGCUGAAGAUUGCGUUGAGUUGCUGCGAGGAAGACGUGGAGAGAAGGCUGGAUUUGAAUCAGGUAGUGGCCCAAAUUGAAGAUCUGAACGACGCUGAUUUGAGCGAUAACGAUGGAGAUAACUUCGCUUCCACAUCUCGCAACUCUCAAAUGCCUGUUUGAUCCAUCCAUUUACCUUCACAAUCCGCUUUCGAUUUGAUUUCAGUAUACCGUACCAUCUUUAUAUUCUACAGAUAGCCACCGGCGCCGUCGCUGACAGCUUGGAUCCAGAUCUCAACUCAAUUCCAGCCUUCCUUAUCAUGUUUAAUUUCAAGGACCUACACAAUGAACAGAUUAAAUUUACUCUCUUCACUCUCUCUCUCCCUCUGUCUCUCUCUCUGUCUCUCUCUCUCGCUCGCCCGCCGCGAGCGUUUUAU